AUGUCGGCCUCAUUAGCACCAGAAUGCAACGAGGUCAAGGAGCGGUAUGACACUUGCUUCCUUAAGUGGUACAGCGAGAAAUAUCUGCGGAGCAACGGCAAGACCGACGACAACGAGUGCGCCAACCUGUUCAAGGACUACCAGAAGUGUCUCAAGGUUGUGCUCAAGGAGAAGGGCAUCGACAAGCUUAUUGAUGAGGCGAGAGAGGAUACCAAGGAGAACGAUGCUCUGUAUAUAAAACGAAAGUGA